AUGAUGCCUUUGCGCCCUGCAGCCUUCUUCUUUCUGACGCUGCUUGUGCUGCUGAGUCAAACCUCGUCCGAAAACCGGUCCGCUGGCGCAGAAUGUGGAACAAGACCUGCUAUAGAACUGCUACAAUUAGGGAGUCGGAUUGUAGGUGGACGUGAAUCUGUCCAGGGGGCAUGGCCGUGGCAAGUUAGCCUUCAAAUAUAUCAGCGUGGUGCAGGAUUUCUCCAUUUAUGUGGUGGAUCUUUAAUUAAUAACCACACAGUACUGACAGCUGCACACUGCAGUACAAAAAACCAGGCUCCAGAGAUGUGGAGGGCUGUGAUUGGCUUGCAUCAUCUUUUCAAACACAGAAUUUACACUAUAAAAAGCCGUGUAAAAGCCAUCAAGGUGCAUUAUUACUAUGACACAGAAGAGUAUAGAAAUGAUAUUGCUUUGUUUCAACUAAGCAAGUCUAUCACAUACAGUGACUAUAUUCAGCCCAUCUGCUUGCCUAACUCAACUCUUGUCUUGACCUCUGAUAUGACAUGUUAUAUAACUGGAUGGGGAAUGAAAAAGGAAAAAGGUAAAGCCAGCUACACAUUACAAGAAGCUCAGCUAAAACUUUUUCCACUAAACAUUUGCAAUCAAUACACCUGGUAUGCAGGAACCGUAUCAAGUACUACUUUUUGUGCCGGCUCUGAAACUGGAGCUGUUGAUAGCUGUCAGGGAGAUAGUGGUGGACCUCUAGUAUGCUAUUUAUCAGAUUCUAAAUACUACCUUAUAGGAAUCACCAGCUAUGGUGUUGGCUGUGGCCGACCAAGAUUUCCAGGAAUUUACACUAGUUUGCCUAAGUACAGACACUGGGUGGAGAAACAACUUAGUGAAACCAACACUGUGAGCAUUCAACACAUUCUUUUUUUGACUGUGGUGUGGACCAUUUUCCACCUAGUUGUAUGAAGAGGCAAACUUGC